AUGCAGAGGCGGGGCAAACCUGGGCACCAUGCACAGGGCUGUGCAACUUGCACGGGGGUGGGCGUGCAACGCUUUCAGUGUUUGCCCUGGGGCUUUGCACGCCCGUUGCUGCGAACUGCCCUGCAGCGGUGCCGGGAGGACAGGGAGGGAUGGGGUCCUGCCCCCCACGGCUCCCCGGGGAUGCAGGAAGCUCACCAGCAGGGGGCGCCCCUUGUGUCUCCGCAGGAGGACGAAGUCCCGCCCCAAGCCGGGCCAGGGAUAACCUCGACCCUGGUGCUGUCGGUCUUCACGGCCGUGCUGGGGUCCCUGCAGUGCGGGUACAACAUCGGUGUGAUCAAUGCCCCCCAAAAGAUCAUCGAGCAGAACUAUAACGCCACCUGGCUGGCGCGGCACAACGCGUCCAUCGACCUCGCCACGCUCACCACCCUCUGGUCCCUGUCGGUCGCCAUCUUCUCCAUCGGGGGCAUGAUCUCCUCCUUCCUGGUGGGGGUCGUCUCCGAGUGGCUGGGCAGGAAGCGGGCCAUGAUUAUCAAUAAUGUCCUGGCCUUUCUGGGCGGGGCCCUCAUGGGGCUGGCCAAGCUGGGCUGCUCCUACGAGAUGAUGAUCCUCGGCCGGUUCCUAAUUGGUGCCUACUCAGGGCUGGUUUCUGGCUUGGUCCCCAUGUACGUGGGUGAAAUUUCCCCCACCCACCUGCGGGGGGCGCUGGGGACCCUGCACCAGCUGGCCCUCGUCAUCGGGAUCCUCAUUGCCCAGGUGUUCGGGCUGGACUCCCUCCUCGGCACCCCCGAGCUCUGGCCCCUGCUCCUGGGUCUGACCGUGGCCCCCUCGGCCCUGCAGCUGGUCAUGUUCCCCUUCUGCCCCGAGAGCCCCCGGUACCUCUACAUCAUCCGCAACAAGGAGUCCAAGGCCAAAGAGAGUUUGAAGCGGCUGACGGGGCGCAGCGAUGUGAGCGAGGCCCUGACAGAGAUGAAGGAGGAGAAGCGGCGCAUGGACAUGGAGCGCAAGGUCUCCAUCGCCCAGCUCUUCCGCUGCCGGAUCUAUCGCCAGCCGCUGCUCAUCGCUGUGGUGCUCCAGCUGUCCCAGCAGCUCUCCGGCAUCAAUGCGAUAUUCUAUUACUCCACCAGUAUCUUUGAGUCAGCCGGGCUGGAGCAGCCGGUGUUCGCCACGAUCGGCGCUGGGGCCAUCAACGCCGCUUUCACCAUUGUCUCGCUGUUCCUGGUGGAGCGGGCAGGCCGCCGGACGCUGCACCUGGUGGGGCUGGGAGGCAUGAUGGUUUGUGCCGUGGUGAUGACGGUGGCGUUGGUGUAUCUGGAUCGGGUGCCGGCCAUGAGCUACAUCAGCAUGGUGGCCAUCUUCGGCUUCGUGGCUUUCUUCGAGAUCGGGCCGGGGCCCAUCCCGUGGUUCAUCGUGGCCGAGCUGUUCAGCCAGGGGCCCCGCCCGGCGGCCAUGGCAGUGGCCGGGAGCUGCAAUUGGACCUGCAACUUUAUCGUCGGCAUGGCCUUCCAGUCCAUGGCGGACGCCUGCGGGCCGUACGUCUUCCUCAUCUUCGCGGCCCUCCUCCUUGGUUUCUUCCUCUUCACCUACUUCAAAGUCCCUGAGACGCGGGGCCGGACCUUUGAUCAGAUUGCGGCCGCGUUCCGACGCACCCCGUCUCUGUUAGACCACGAAAUCAAACCCUCCACCGAGCUGGACUGUCUGGGGCCAGAGGACAACGUCUGA